GCCUUGGAGCCAGGCCCACUGUAAACAACCAGUGACCCAGAGACAGGCAGCUCUGUGCCUGACUCCAGUGCUUUUGCUCCUGGGCACCACAAGCAACAGGUAAUUAGCCCCUGGUCUCCUGUAGGAAAAAAAUGUUGUUCUGCUCCUGCUCAUGGUGGAAAACACUGGUUUUCCUAAGUUCAGCACUGCUUCUUGCAGAUUUUACUGAAAUCGGAGCUUUUGCCAGUCCAAGUGAAUGCGAAAGUGCAACCAUAGAUGAUGUGAAUGAGAGUCUUGAGAAAUAUUCAAAAUGCCUUCCUGAAAUGAUUGCCAAGGGUAAGAAAACGUCAAUCAAUUCCCUUGUCUGGACACUGCAAGAAACACUUGAUCUCCUGCGCCCUGUUCAAGAGAAAUUUUGCAAGCAGCUGCCUCCAUGCCCUCUCCCACUGGCCCCAAGAAACGGUGGGCUGGUGUGUGUCACCAUCGACAGCGCUCAGUACUGCAAACCCAUGUGCAACAAGGGUUAUGACUUUCAGUUCCUCAGAAGCAGCAGACUGUAUGAAGUAUGUGGCAAUGCCACUGGGUUUUCCUGGACCACGCAGCUUGCUGGGGGAAAGGAACUGGCUGUUUGCAACCCCUCUGAGAUGGCCAUCGGUGGAGCUAAAUCUGCCUAUUUCCCCAGCAACAGCACCUGUCUGCACACAGUAGCCUUCCCUGAAACUCAGAGAGAGCAGCUAAACAUCUUCCUCAAAGAGCUUGCUGAGCAAGGCAUUGACAGCUCCAAACGGGAUGAGGAGGCUGAUUGUAUCAUCUGCGGUUACUAGCACAAAAAAGCUUGUGCCACAGACCAGCCAGCUGCCUGCAGUCUGACAUGGGUAUUUUGACAAGAGAAGCAGAGCAGUGAAAUCAUUUCUAAGACAUGUAAGCAUACAGCUUUUAUUUAGUUAAAGGACUAGAGACCAUAGUCACAAUAUGACCUCAGCUUUGGCGUACAGAGAUAUAGACUAAAUCGAAUGACAUAGCUCAUGGUAGAAGUG